AUGCUUGAUUUUGACUUCCUUUGUGGAAGGGAAACACCAUCAGUUGCUGGAAUAAUUAACCCUGGUUCUGAAGGAUUUCAAAAACUCUUUUUUGGUCAGGAGGAAAUUGUCAUCCCAGUUCAUGCUACCAUUGAAGCAGCUUGUGCUGCACAUCCUACUGCUGAUGUCUUCAUCAACUUUGCUUCAUAUGGAAGUGCUGUUGGGUCAUCCAUGUCUGCGUUGAAGCAGCCAACAAUAAGAGUUGUUGCUAUCACUGCUGAAGGAGUACCUGAGUCAGACACCAAACAAUUGAUUGCAUGUGCCCGUGCAAACAACAAGGUUGUUAUUGGUCCAGCCACUGUUGGAUGCAUUCAAGCAGGUGCUUUUAAAACUGGUGACACGGCUGGAACAACCCACAAUAUAAUUCACUGCAAGCUCUAUAGGCCUGGAUCUGUUGGCUUUGUAUCUAAAUCUGGUGGGAUGUCCAAUGAAUUAUACAACAGUAUUGCAAGCGUAACUGAUGGAAUUUAUGAAGCCAUUGUCAUUGGAGGAGAUAUUUACCCUGAUUCCACACUUUCUGACCACGUUUUACGGUUUAACAACAUACCACAGAUUAAAAUGAUGGUAGUACUUGGAGAACUUGGUGGGUAUGAUGAGUAUUCCUUAGUGGAAGCCCUAAAACAGGGGAAAGUAUCAAAACCGGUGGUUGCUUGGGUUAGUGGGACAAGUGCACCACUCUUCAAAUCUGAAGUACAGUUUGGUCAUGCAGGAGCUAAAAGUGGUGGCGAGUUAGAAUCUCCUCAAGCAAAGAAUCAGACACUAAGGGAUGCUGGAGCUGUUGUUCCUACAUCAUAUGAAACUUUUGAAGCUGCAAUUAAGGAAACAUUUGACAAAUUGGUUGAAGAAGGGAAGAUCUCACCAAUCAGGGAAAUCACUCCUCGACCAAUCCCUGAGGACCUUAUCUCUGCAAUAAAGAGUGGAAAAGUUCGUGCUCCGACUCAUAUUAUUUCCACCAUUUCUGAUGAGAGGGGAGAGGAGCAAUGCUUUGGUGGUGUAUCCAUGUCUUCCAUUGUCGAAAAAGGUUAUGGUGUAGGUGGUGUUAUCUCUCUUUUGUGGUUUAAACGAAGCCUUCCCCUUUACUGUACUCAAUUUAUUGAGAUGUGCAUAAUGCUAUGUGCUGACCAUGGUCCUUGUGCCUCUGGAGCUCACAAUACCAUCGUGACAGCAAGGGCAGGGAAGGAUCUAAUUUCCAGUCUUGUAUCAGGUUUGCUGACAAUUGGUCCUCGAUUUGGGGGUGCCAUUGAUGAUGCUGCUCGCUACUUCAAGGAUGCUCAUGACAGGGGUCUUACGCCUGAUGAGUUUGUUGAAGGUAUGAAGAAAGAGGGAAUUCGAGUGCCAGGAAUAGGGCACAGGGUGAAGAACAGGGACAGGAAAGACAAGAGAGUUGAGCUGCUACAAAAGUUUGCACGCACACAUUUUCCUUCUGUUAAAUACAUGGAAUACGCCGUUGAAGUUGAAGCCUACACCCUCCAAAAGGCAAAUAAUCUAAUUCUUAACGUGGAUGGUGCAAUUGGGUCACUUUUCUUGGAUCUUUUUGCUGGCAGUGGAAUGUUCAGCAAGCAAGAGAUUGAUGAAAUUGUGGAGAUUGGCUAUCUGAAUGGCUUCUUUGUGCUGGCACGCUCCAUUGGUCUCAUUGGUUGGGACAUCAUGGGUGGUCACACACUGCACGUCUUUUCUGAAUCAAAUGAACUCAGAAUCAAUCCACCUCCAAACAAAAACUAUGUAACAUCACCUCCUCUCAUAACAAUAACCCAUUCAUAA